GUUGUAACGAAACGUUAUUGUGUGAUUGAUUGAUGUUUUUCGCGAUUUCGGAUUUUAAUAUUUUCUGAUAGUUUUGUAGCUGAAAAAUAUGGUGUUGAGUUUGUAUUAUGAGUUAAGAAUGUGCUUAAUUAAAGGGCGAGUGUUCCGGUAGCUAGUUUGCAAUGUUAUUGAAGGACAAAGAACUCGAAGUGCAAUAAUAUCCUGUAAAAUCUGUAAGGGGAUUCAGACAAAGAUUUGCAAGUAGGAGAAAAUGGCAGAGAAGCAAUUUUCCGUUUUUGAUGGAGGUAGGAGUCCAGAUCGUGGGUAUAAUCCUGCGCCUCCUGAACUUCCUGCUGGCGCCUCUGUUCUGGUUCCGCGCCAGGGAUCACCGCCGACUGCCGCCCGUCACCAACCCGGUGCUGCUGAAGAGCGCUGCCGAGUUAGCUGAGGCUAUCAGGAAUGGUGAGAUAACGAGCGAGAAACUAGUGACGAUCUACAUCGAGCGUGUCAAAGAAGUGAACCCUUACAUCAAUGCGGUCGUCGAUGAAAGAUACAGGGCUGCCACAGAAGAUGCUAAGGCUGUUGACCGACAGAUAGAGGAAGCGAAGAAGAAUGGCACCUUUGAAGACUUGGUGAAGAAUAAGCCGUUGCUUGGUGUACCAUUUACGGUGAAGGAGAGCUGUUCUCUUGCUGGGCUAUCAAACUCAGUAGGCUGCCUAGAAAACGCUGGCCGUCGAGCGACCACGGACGGUGGUGUCGUGAGCCUCGUGAAGAAAGCCGGAGCCAUCCCACUGCUGGUCUCCAACACCCCCGAGCUAUGCCUCGGAUGGGAGACCACUAACCUGCUGAGGGGGACUACGAAUAACCCGUAUUGUUUGAAUAGAACGCCUGGGGGUUCUUCUGGUGGCGAGGCAGCGCUACUGUCGAGCGCGGCGUCAGCGCUGAGCGUGUCGUCGGACAUCGCGGGCUCCAUCCGCCUCCCCGCCGCCUUCUGCGGGCUCUUCGGACACAAGCCCACGCCGGGCAUAAUCUCAAUAGAAGGCCACAUCCCGACCCUCAGCGAUGAGAACUUCCCCAAGUUCCUCACCGUCGGACCCAUGACACGACGAGCUGAUGAUCUUAAGCUGUUGAUGAACAUUAUGGCGGGAGAACAUAAUCAACUGAACCUGGAUGUACCUGUUGAUAUGAAGGAUGUUAAGGUGCACUAUAUGUUCGAGGCGACAGACUCGGUAGCGCUGCUGAAGGUAGAGAGCUGCAUCAACGACGCCAUCCGUAACGCCGUCGCUUACCUCGAGAAAGAUUGUGGCUGUACUGUUAGUGAGGAAAAAUUCAAAGAUUUAGAAGACUCAGUCGAAAUAUCGGUGUCGGUAUUCUUUUCAAUGAAGGACAUUCCCAAUCUGUUGCAAGACCCCGCCAAUCCGAAACGUGAUAAAAGUUUAAUCGUUGAACUUAUAAAAUAUAUGUUCGGUGGCGGGUCGCGAUCACUACAAGGACUGAGUUUCUCUGUUAUAAAUAGAAGUCACUUGUUCAUACCGGAUUCUCGAAGAGGUUACUACAACGGCAAGGCGAAUAAACUACGUGAGCAUAUGCAGAAAGUCCUAGGCGACAACGGCGUGUUCAUCUACCCUGUAUUCAUCAGCCAGGCACAUCACCACAACCAGGUGUUCCUCAAGGCUUCCGGCGUCAUGUACACCAUGGCCUUCAACAUCCUCGGCAUGCCGGCCACCACUGUACCCAUGGGGCUGUAUAAAGGACUGCCUGUUGGUGUGCAGGUGAUAGCAGCCCCAAAUCAAGACAGACUGUGUUUAGCAGUAGCCAAACAACUGGAGAUCGGCUUCGGUGGAUGGAAACCGCCGCAGUAACGUUAUACCUAAGUAAAACAUACCAAAUACUUUGAUAAGCUAAGCAAACCACAUGUAUGGCGUGGUUUAACUUUUAUACCAGAACAAAAUAAUAUAGGAUUUUAAUAGAAAUUUUCAUAUUACUUUAUUCUAUUUUGUACGUAAAUGUAUGUGAUAGUAAACUAUUAAAUUGAUCAUGUAUAAUCGGGUACUUGACUAUUUUUGAAAUCGUUAUACAUACCUGAUGUAAAAUCGAUUAUUGAAAUUUUCUAUCCUUUUCCCGUUAAACGGUAUUUAUAUAACCCUAUUUGUAAGAAAGUCUUCAAUGAGUAUUUAUUGUUUUGUUGCUCGCCGUGUUGUUUUUUGUUAGAGAUAUAAAAUAGUCGAGCACCCAAUUUGUGAAGACUUUGCAAUGUAAUAAAUUAUUAAUUAAUGAUUAAUUCAAUUUUGAAAAAUAUGGUUACUUGCGUGUAUCUAUUUGUUAACCGACUUCCCAAAAAGGAGGAGGUUCUCAAUUCGUCGGGAUCUUUUUUUUUUUUUUUUUUAUUUUUUAUUUUAACGUAUAGUUUUUUAUUUAUCUAAAUCUAAUCUUUAUUUGUCUGGAUUCCGAAUCUAACAGUAUUUAAAUAUUUUAUUGUUUAAAACUCAAACCUUUUGAAUUAUUGUUAUUGGUCAAAUUGUAUAGGAACGUAAUAUAAUUACUUCAUAAUUUAUUUAUAAUAAAGUAUUGUACAGUUUGUAUGCUGAUAAAUGAUAAUUAUAGAUGUUUUAAGCCUUAUUACCAAGGAUAUACGAGGUAAUGGAUGUUUAAAAUUUAUUUGUGAUGGGUGCUUUAAAUUAUUUCGUUACCAUAAAUUAGCAUUCCAAAUUAAAUAAUUGUUUAGAAGCGCUGUGAAUGUAAUAUUUAGUUGUGAACUAAAUAUUAGGUGCAUUAUUCGUGUAGAUUUAUAAGUUGUGGUUCGCACUCCCUUUCAAUUGUAAUUCUAAUUGGUUAUAGCGAAACAAAUAAAUAAAGUGGUGCGAA